AUGGGCGCCAUGGCUCGUCCUUUACUCCUUUGCCUCCUGCUCGCUCACCUGGGAUCGGGAGCUGUCGGCGCCAGCCGGGACGCUCCGGGACGGCCCGAGGCGCCUCGGGACCGGGCGCCGAGGGGCCGGCAGCACGCGCAGCAGGCGGCUCGAGCCUCUGCCCCGGACCCCUCGGCUCCCUGGAGCCGCUCCAUGGAUGGCACCAUCUUGGCGCAGAAACUCAGCGAGGAGGUGCCCGUGGACGUGGCCUCUUACCUCUACACCGGGGACUCCCAGCAGCUGAAGCAAGCCAACUGCUCCGGCCGCUAUGAGUUGGCGGGGCUGCCGGGGAAGUCGCCGGCCCUAGCCAGCUCCCAUCCCUCCCUGCACGGGGCGCUGGACACGCUGACACACGCCACCAACUUCCUCAACAUGAUGCUGCAGAGCAAUAAGUCCCGGGAGCAGAACUUGCAGGAUGACCUGGAGUGGUACCAGGCGCUGGUGCGCAGCCUCCUGGAGGGCGAGCCCAGCAUCUCCCGGGCGGCCAUCACCUUCAGCACCGAGUCGCUGUCCGCGCCCGCCCCGCAGGUCUUCCUCCAGGCCACGCGCGACGAGAGUCGCAUCCUGCUCCAGGACCUGUCCUCCUCCGCACACCACCUGGCCAACGCCACGCUGGACACCGAGUGGUUCCACGGCCUUCGGCGCAAGUGGAGGCCCCACUUACACCGGCGUGGUGGCUCCAAUCAGGUGCCCAGGGGCCUGGGCCAGAGCUGGAGGCGCAGGGACGCGAUCGGUGGAGACAGGAGCCAUGUCAGGUGGUCUCCGCCGUUCCUGGAGUGCGAGAACGGGAGUUACAAGCCAGGGUGGCUGGUGACUCUCUCCGCCGCCUUCUAUGGCUUGCAGCCUAACCUGGUCCCGGAGUUCAGGGGUGUUAUGAAAGUUGAUAUAAACCUUCAGAAAGUGGACAUUGACCAAUGCUCAACUGAUGGCUGGUUUUCAGGAACUCACAAAUGUCACCUUAACAAUUCAGAGUGUAUGCCAAUUAAAGGCCUCGGAUUUGUACUUGGAGCCUAUCAGUGCAUUUGCAAAGCAGGCUUCUACCAUCCUCGAGUCUUCUCAGUGAACAACUUUCAGAGACGGGGCCCAGAUCAUCAUUUCUCAGGAAGUGCGAAAGAUGUGUCAGAAGAAGCCCAUGUCUGUCUGCCCUGCCGAGAGGGCUGCCCCUAUUGUGCAGAUGACAGCCCGUGCUUGGUCCAGGAGGACAAGUAUUUGCGUCUUGCCAUCAUCUCCUUCCAAGCUCUGUGCAUGCUACUCGACUUCAUUAGCAUGUUGGUUGUCUACCACUUUCGCAAAGCAAAGAGCAUCAGGGCAUCUGGCCUUAUCCUGUUGGAAACGAUUCUUUUUGGGUCUCUGCUCUUAUACUUUCCAGUUGUUAUUUUAUACUUUGAGCCAAGUACAUUUCGCUGUAUUCUCCUGAGAUGGGUUCGUCUGCUCGGUUUUGCCACUGUUUAUGGAACUGUGACUCUCAAACUUCACAGGGUUUUGAAGGUGUUUCUUUCACGAACAGCACAACGAAUCCCAUAUAUGACUGGUGGCCGGGUCAUGAGGAUGCUAGCAGUAAUACUUUUGGUAGUAUUUUGGUUUCUUGUUGGCUGGACCUCAUCUGUGUGCCAGAAUUUGGAGAGACAGAUUUCACUUAUUGGCCAGGGGCAGACAUCUGAUCACCUCAUCUUCAAUAUGUGCCUCAUAGACAGAUGGGAUUAUAUGACAGCAGUUGCUGAGUUUUCCUUCCUUUUGUGGGGCGUAUAUCUCUGCUAUGCAGUACGGACAGUCCCAUCAGCAUUCCAUGAGCCCCGUUAUAUGGCUGUUGCAGUUCACAAUGAACUCAUUAUCUCUGCUAUAUUCCACACAAUUAGAUUUGUUCUUGCCUCACGGCUUCAGUCUGAUUGGAUGUUGAUGCUGUAUUUUGCACAUACUCAUUUGACUGUGACAGUUACCGUCGGAUUGCUUUUGAUUCCAAAGUUUUCACAUUCAAGCAAUAACCCACGUGAUGACAUUGCUACAGAAGCAUAUGAAGAUGAGCUGGAUAUGGGUCGGUCUGGAUCCUACCUGAACAGCAGUAUCAAUUCAGCCUGGAGUGAGCACAGCUUGGAUCCAGAGGACAUUCGGGAUGAGCUGAAGAAACUGUAUGCCCAAUUAGAAAUAUAUAAAAGGAAGAAAAUGAUCACAAAUAAUCCCCACCUCCAGAAAAAGCGGUGCUCCAAGAAGGGCUUAGGCCGGUCCAUCAUGAGACGCAUCACUGAGAUCCCAGAGACGGUCAGCAGGCAGUGCUCCAAAGAGGACAAGGAGGCUGCAGACCAUAGCACAGCCAAGAGUACAGCCCUUGUUAGGAAGAACCCCCCAGAGUCUUCAGGUAACACAGGGAAACCCAAGGAGGAGUCCCUGAAAAACCGCGUCUUCUCCCUCAAGAAAUCCCACAGUACUUACGAUCAUGUCAGAGACCAAACAGAUGAGUCCAAGAGCCUGCCAACAGAAAGCCAGGAGGAGGAGGCUACAGAAAGCUCCACACUGGACUCUUUUUCCAGUAAAAAACUCACACAAAAACUUAAAGAAGACAGUGAGGCCGAGUCCACAGAGUCUGUGCCUUUGGUGUGUAAGUCAGCAAGUGCCCACAACCUCAGCUCUGAGAAGAAGCCUGGGCACCCCCGAAUAUCCAUGUUGCAGAAGUCUCUAAGCGUCAUAGCAAGUGCCAAGGAGAAGACUCUUGGAUUGGCUGGGAAAAGCCAAUCAUCAGGGGUGGAAGAACGUGCUAAAUCCCAGAAACCCCUGCCAAAGGAAAAAGAGACAAAUAGAAAAUACUCCAAUUCAGAUCAUGCAGAAAGUAAAGAUUCCACGCCCCCAAACUCCAAUCACUUGGAGGAGCCAAAAAAGCUCCAGAAAUCUGGGAUUAUGAAACAACAGGGGGCCAACUCCCCCACUGCCAAUGCUGACCAGAGCCCAGCUGCCACCCGGAUGAAGGGCAGCUUUGACAUCGGGGAAGUGUGCCCUUGGGAGAUCUAUGACCUGACCCCUGGUCCUGUGCCUUCAGCAUCAAAAUCUCAAAAACACGUGUCUAUUGCAGCUUCUGAAGUGGAAACAAACCCAGCCUUUUCCCUAAAAGAAACGUCACACCUCAAACCUAAGGCGACUGAAGGAUAUCAGCAGUCCUGCCAGAAGAGCAUAGAUAAGGCUGACAUGUGCCCUUGGGAAAACCAGGGUCAUUCCCUUUUGGAGGAUGACAAGCAUUUGAUAUCUAAGCCUCCCAUUCUCCCAGGAAGAGCCAAAGAUGAGAAUGAAGGCCAGCGUUAUUCAGCCAAUGUGUAUGCUGGGCAAUAUGAAGAAUUGCCCCCCAGAGUCAUAGCAUCAAAGCUAGAGCAUGAAAAUCUCAAUCAAAUGGGAGACCAGGAUAAACAGACAUUGUCCUCUGUGGAAAAUGUGCCUGGCUCUUAUAACUCAAGUAAUAACUCCCAACAGCCGUUAACAUUGCGAGCCGAGGUGUGUCCUUGGGAGUUUGAGACUCCAGAUCAACCAAAUGCUGAAAAAAGUGUAGCUUUAUCUGCCUCUUCUGCUUUAAAUGCAAAUAGGAUGGCAGGGCCUCGGAAAUAA